AAAUAAUGAAUAGAGAUGAAAUAAACCUUGUAGAUAUUCAAUAAGCUGGAUUUAGUGCAGAAAAUUUAUUGUCAAUAAUUUUAAGUAGAGAUAAAUUGGUGAAUGGUCUUAUGAAUUGGCUUCAUUAGGGAUCAAAGAAUAAAUGGUUAGAUGAUAAACAAAACUAAUUAUAUAUAAGAGUGUUGAAAGUUUGUGCUGUUCAUUAUGGUUACUAUUAAUUAAAAUAGGGGUUUAAUUUUAUAGCUUCGGAAAAUGAUUAUGUUAAAAUGACUAAUUAGUUUUAUAAAAUAUUCGAAACAGAAAAUGAAUACAAAGAAUAAAUUUAACAAUUCAAAAAUUAACACACCAGAUAAAUAAAGAUUCUUAGGGAAGAUUUAGAAAAAAGAAUGAAUAUUUUAUUGAAAUGGAAAGAGGUACAAAUCAUUAUAUAUUUAGAAAUUCAAAGAGGAUUGGGAAAAAAUUUAAAUAGACUUUAAUGAAAAUCUACCUCAUUAUAAUAAAUUUUAUAAGUUAAAGCAAUAAAUAGAAUAGCCUAAUUAAGUAGACUUUGAUAUCUAUCAAUAUUAUUUUGGAUUGUUUUAUUCAGAAGAAUGGUUUAAAUAACCAAUAGAAUAAAAUUCUAUUGAAUUAUUGAGGUAUAAAAAAAUUAAUUAAUUUAGAUUGCAUAGUUUUAUUAAGUAAUUUUUAAGAUUGGAUACAGUUUAUCCAAUAGAAUUUUAUGCUAAUUAAUCAGCAGCUUUGUUAGAAAUAAAUGAAAAUGAAAAACAAAAAGAAUAUUAUCUUAAAAUAAUAAAAUAAAGAUGA